UGUGAAAAUAUAAUAGGAAGUAGAAUAAAUUAUCAACAUAGAUAACAUACAUUCAUACAGAAGAUGAUACGAAUAAGGACUAUUUAGUGUCUGUUACAUCUAUUGAUAACAGAGUUUCACAAAAUUUCAGUCCAGUUUUUUGUUCAAAGAAUAUUGACUUUUUUAAUGUCUAAUUAAAUAAGCAUUUCUGACUAUGAUCCUUCUUGUUUUAAACAAAGGAAUUGAGAUAUGAAGAAAGUCGACUCGAUAUUCAAUGUUGAAGAAUACACGAUUGGUACGAAAAAUUGAAAGUAGACAUAAAUAAUUUUAUGAGUAGUACAUUUUAUUAUGCUCUAUAUCUAUAUCGCACAGCAAAAGUUUCCUGUAUAUUUGCUGAGAUGCAAUUUACAUUAGUGUGAGCGUAUGAUAAGAAAUGUUAUCUAAUAGUAAAACUACUUAUUAAUCUAGAGAUGACAUUUAUAAAAUGAAACGAACUCAAUGAUAUAAAAUGCAAUCUAUCUGGAUUCACUAUUGCUUGAAAUAUCACAUUAAAAAAGAUCUUUCUAUAGACCGUAGGGAGUCACUCAAAUUCUAUGUGGUAAAAAUAAUUUUUAAUCCAAAAUCUAUGUUCGAAAUAAAAGUAGGAUGACUUUUUACAAUGAAAUGGAUUCAACCGUGUAAAAUAAUACUAUCCAUUUGUGACUCACUUUCAUUUGAAAUACUACACGGAAAAUGCCGUUCGAUAAACUAAAUAAAAAUCGACAUUUUAGAAGAAAAAAAGAUCGCUUUUGCAUCGAGACUAUGUGGAUCCAAAUGAGCUAUGAAUACCCCGAAAAGCAUUCGCGUCCUUAGCUUAUUGAUGCAGAGAUACUACACUUUUAAGGUAUUUUUUUUAAAUGAAGGACAUGGCAACAGAAAAACUGGUUUUCAAAUUUCCACUCGAAACUUUGCAUAAACACAGACUUUAACAAGAAUAGGUUUUUAUGAAUCUUUUAUAUCGUUCAUAUAAAAUGGCAGAUUUGAUAUUCUUAUUUCAAAAUAGAAGCAAAUCGAAAGACGUGAAACUAUUCUCCAUAACACUGCCAACCCUACAAAAUGAACUAUUUGUUACCUUUCUUUCGAUUCUUAGAAACUUUACUAUGAAUGUGAAACGGUCAGAGACCAGUAACAUAAAAAAUUAUUCAAAAAGAUCAACAGGAAAAAAGUUAUUAGUCAAAUAUAUCUAAAGUCUUCAUCGUAUCUGAAAAAUUGGAAUUCACUCAAAAAUAGAAAAAAUUAUUCUAUAAAACUUAAAUCUGUCAUUUUUUAGACCUUCAAUAACAUCUCAAAUAAUUUCAAGUCAACAUUCUACAACUGGUACAAGUGAUUCAAUUGCUUCAUCCUAUCGUCCAUCUGAACAAAAGAAACAACAACAACAAUCUCAAUUAAAAUCACCAAUAUUUACUCAAUCAUCAUCAUCAUCAUCAGCAAAAUAUUCAUAUGAAUCUCAACAACAACAAUCUGAUCAACAGAAUCUUCAUAUAUCUGAUGAACUUGUUCAUCAUCCAACUAUAAUGAAAUUACAACAACAAAAUUUUCAUCGUUUAUUAUCCAAUGCUGCAUCUACAACUCCUGCAUCAACAAUAAUUAAACAACAACAACAACAACAACAUCAAACAUCACAAAUUUAUUUAGGUGGAAAUAAUGAUCGAGCAACUUGUUUUAGUACAACAACAACAACAACAACAACAGCAAAACCAAAUGAUCAAAUACAAUCAAUAAAACAAACGUCAGAUUCACAACGAGCUGUUUUACAUCAACGUAAACAAGCAUUAAUGAAAGCUAUUCAAAGUAUAAAUAAACAAAUGGAAGAACUUGAUAUGCAAUAA